AUGUCGGCGCUCUUCAACUUUCAGUCUGCACUAUUAGUGCUUCUCCUCCUCAUUUGCACCAGCGCAUACUUCCACCAGCUUUUCCCGGGUUUCAUGGACAGGAAUAAAGAUGGAGCGGUUACGGGUCUGUUCUGGAAAUGCGCGCGGGUUGGAGAAAGAUUAAGUCCAUACAUAAGUGUAUGCUGUGUUAUCAUGGCCGUCUCUUUGUUCAUUGGCAAUUAG